UAUAAGUAUCUAUACAUAAAAAUAAAUGUUAGAAAACCAAUGUUUUCAUUCGAGUAGUGACAAGGGUUGCUGUCUUUGAAGUUGGAUUGUUGUGGCGACAAAUGGACAUUGUGACUCAAACCUCCACCGUGCAUGGAUCCAGACAUAGUACAUCCUCCCUCACUGUCAUCCACCUCUUUCCAUCCCUUAUAAUGAUAAUAAUAAUCACGGAACCAUAUAAAAAGAUCACCAUCAUUUCCCAUAUAAAAAGCCACACGAAUAAUAAUAUAAUAAUUAUAAUAAUAAGUGAAGAACUUAAGCUCAUUCUUCCUCUCUAAAACAGAGCCUGCUCUGUUUAUUCUUCUUCUUCUUCUUCUUCUUCUUCUUCUUCUUCAGAAAUGAUGUCGAAGCCCAUGAAUGUUCUGACAACAAAGCCCUCACCUUUGAGCACCAUGGUGGUGCUGCUGAUAAUUUGCAUUCUGAGUUUCUACGCUCUGCAUUUCCCUCACUCUUCUUCACCCUCCUCUGCUUCCCGAAACAUGGAAACCGUUUUUCUUUCUACCUCUUCAAACUCCACCAUCUCCACCUACCUCCGCGCCCUCACGCUGCACCCUCACCUCGCCGGAACAAAACCCGCGUCGGACACCACCUCCUACGUGCUCAACCACUUCCUUUCACUGGGCCUCGAGGCCCAUACCGCGUCCUACGCCACGCUCCUCUCGUUCCCCGUGCGCUCCUCCCUCUCGGCACGCUUCGGAGACGGCUCCGCGGCGAGUCUCCCUCUGAGCGAGGCGGCGUCGGCGGCGCCAGUGGUGGCGGCGUACCACGCGUACUCGCCGUCAGGGUCGGUGCAUGCGCGCGCGGUGUUCGCGAACUACGGGAGGGAGAGGGACUACCAGGCGCUGGCGGCGAUGGGGGUGAGCGUGAGGGGGUGCGUGGUGGUGGUGAGGAAGGGCGGCGGGGUGGGGCGGGGCGCGGCGGUGGAGGUGGCGGAGAAGCACGGGGCGGCGGCGGUGCUGGUGUACGGCGAGAGCGACACGUGGCGGGAGGGGUUUGAGAGGGGGCACGUGAUGAGGGGGAUAGGGGACCCACUGACUCCGGGGUGGGGUGGGGUUGAGGGUGGUGAGAGACUCGGGUUGGAAGAUAGUGAGGUUUUGAAAAGGUUUCCCAAAAUACCCUCUAUGCCCCUCUCAGCUGAGGUUGCUGACACCAUUUUGUCCUCUCUUGGGGGUGUUUCUGUGCCCCUUGAGUGGAGGAGCACCCUUAAGUCUAAGGUCAGGCAUGUUGGUCCUGGCCCCACCAUGCUCAAUUUCACUUACCAGGGUGAAAUGAAGGUGGCUACCAUUCAAAAUGUUUUUGCUGUCAUAAAGGGAUCGGAAGAGCCCGAUCGACAUGUUCUGCUUGGGAACCAUAGAGAUGCAUGGACGUAUGGUGCUGUUGAUCCCAGCAGUGGGACAGCUGCCCUACUUGACAUUGCUCGUCGGUUUUCUGUUCUAUUGGGCUUGGGGUGGAAGCCAAGGAGGACAAUCAUUCUCUGCAGUUGGGAUGCAGAGGAAUUUGGGAUGAUAGGAUCCACUGAGUGGGUUGAACAAAACCUUAUUAAUCUGGGUUCCAAAGCUGUAGCAUACCUUAAUGUUGACUGUGCUGUUCAAGGCCCUGGCUUCUUCGUUGGCUCAACUCCUCAGCUAGACAAUCUUAUUCUUGAGGUCAUGAAAAAGGUCAAGGAUCCUGACUCUGAGGGUGUGUCAUUAUAUGAGAAUUGGGCUGCUGGUGGUGGAGGCAAUAAUAUUCAAAGGCUCAGUGGAGUUGAUUCUGAUUUUGCUCCAUUUGUGCAACACGCAGGGGUUCCAUCCAUUGAUAUGUAUUAUGGAAGAGAUUUUCCCGUCUAUCACACUGCUUUCGACUCCUAUAACUGGAUGGCAGAGUAUGGAGAUCCAUUCUUCCACCGCCAUGUUGCUGUUACUGGAGUUUGGGGACUUCUAGCCCUUCAUUUGGCUGACGAUUGCAUUCUUCCUUUCAAUUACCUUUCAUAUGCAAAUGAGUUACAGCUGUACAAAAACAUGUUGAGCAACUUGGUAGAUCAGCAAAUUUCUCUGCAUCCGUUAACUACUUCAAUUCAAGAAUUUGCUUCUGCUGCCAAAGAAGCUGAUGAUGAAUUAAAGAAACUGAGACUGCAAGAAACUGAAGGUUGUUCUGUCGAUAUGAAAAAGCGAGCAUUGAAUGAUAGACUAAUGCUUGCUGAAAAAGGCUUCUUGGAUGCAGAUGGACUUCAAGGAAGACAGUGGUUCAAGCAUCUCGUGUUUGGGCCUUCCAACGACCAUGAAAGGCUGAAUUUCUUCCCAGGGGUUUCUGAUUCUAUUACUACGUCAAAUGGUUUUAGUGAAAGAGAAAGGGUAGCAAGAAUUCAACAUGAGAUCUGGAGGGUUGCCAGAGCCAUUCGUAGAGCUGCUUCUGCACUCACUGGAGAAUUCACCUAAAAACUAUAUCCAUGAAAUCUUCCACGUUUGACUCACCUGUAAAUAUAUUAGUUUCUUUUUUAACACGAGCAGAGUAGUUAGUUAGCUGCAUUGAGGUAUAUAAUUGUACAUUAAGUUUUCAAGAAGGAGAUGGAUAUUAGAUAUGCCAGCACUGUUCAUAGUGAUAGCAGAUUGUGUGCUUAUAAUCAUAAGCCCAUUUUGUUUAGAGCACCAAGAAAUUUAGGCACUUAUUGUAAUGAAAAUGUGUUCAAUUGUGGCCAUAUAAUUUUUGUAUUAA